AUGGAGCCUCACCCAUUCAAGGCGACGCGGAGCGGUGACAGCAGCAGCAGCAGCAGCCUCCGUGUGCUCCGACCGAUCCCCCGCUAUCUGCCCACUGCACAGCCCCCGAUCAUGGAGGAAAUCAACAACAUCGAGGUGGUCCCCUGCACAGACUCCGAGUACCUGAAGCCUCUCACGGUGCACUACAACCAGAAUGGCACAAAGAAAUCCUGGGACUACAUGCGGACCCACGACAGUGUAUCAGUCCUGAUCUUCAACACCACCUCACACUGUUUUGUCCUCGUCAAACAGUUUCGUCCAGCCGUCUACAUGUGCGAAUGGGAAAGAGGCAAGUCCCAGUCGGCUAAAGCAGCAGCAGCUGCCGCAGCCGCAGCAUCAGAGAAGAAGGAAGAAGGGGCUGCCGAGGCGUCCGAAGCCCAGGAGGCGGCGUCCAGUGCUGGGGAGGGCAGCUCUGAGUGGCCCCCUGCCUGUGCGGGGGUCACCUACGAGCUCUGUGCCGGCCUCGUGGACAAACCACAGCUGUCCCUGGAGGAGAUCGCCCGACAAGAGGUUCUGGAGGAGUGCGGCUACGACAUCCCAGCAGCGAAACUCAAGAAGAUCACGUCCUACAGGUCGGGCGUGGGAGUAACCGGCUCCAAACAGACCAUGUUCUACGCCGAGGUCUCCGACGAUAACCGUGUGAGCGCUGGAGGAGGAGAGCCCAAGGAGGGAGAGCUCAUCGAGGUGGUGAAGAUCCCUCUGCACGAAGCCAUGACAUUCGCCUACAACGAGCGCAUACCCAAGACCAUGGGCGUGAUCUUUAGUUUUAUGUGGUUCCACAAUAACAUGGCCCCCAGGUAUAAGAUCUCCACCAACGUCUAA